CGUGACCAUGCAGCCGGGUAGGAGAAGGAGCAAACGGCAACAUCAAACAUGGAGGUGUCUCCGUUCAGCUUCACUCCGGAGCGGUACUGGACGGAGGAGAAAGAGAGGGCGCUCAUAGCGUUUUUUCUCCAAGCACAGCUGUCUGUGGAACCACAAGUCCGAGGGCUACAAGAACCGGCAGCUGCGAUGGAAAACCCUGGAAACACUGAGGAUGCUCCUGUCGACCCUCCCACCCCCCGUCCCAUUCACAGUGGAGGACAUCAAAAACAAGUUCAAGAACCUCCGGACCACCUUUCAGCGCCAGUACAAAAUGGUGAAAGCGAGCAAGGUGUGCAACCCGGACGACGAGUUCGUGCCGCAGUGGAAGCACUACCAUCAGCUCAUGUUCCUGCAGGGCUGCUGGGACCAGGACGACGCCACCGCCUGCGAACCGCCGCUGUCGCCGCUGACCGCUGCGCAGGACGAGGGCCCACCCGUCCUCGCCUCCCCGGGACUCAUCAUCUCCUUUCUUCCCACCCCGUCCACCUCGUCCGCUUCCACCUCAUCCUCCUGCAUCCCCUCCAGCGUCAUGAUUAAAUGUUACUGGACUGAAGAGAGGGAGCGAGCUCUGAUUUCUUUCUACUCUGAGCACAACUGUCUCUGGAACAAGAAGUCUGAAAACCACAACAACCGUCAGCUCAGACUGAGGCUGCUGGAGGCUCUGAGGAGCCAGCUGUCCGACCACACCGUGUCUUUCUCAGUCGAAGACAUAAAGUGCAAGUUCAAGAACCUUCGGACCGUUUUUAACCGCGAGUACAAGGCGGUCCAGGCGAGCAGGGUGUCUGACAAACCCUACGUGUCCAAAUGGAAACACUACCAGCAGCUGCUCUUCCUCUGCGAGGCCUGCGACGAAGACGACGGCUCAGAGGACCUGCAGAUACUGACACCGCAAGAAGACAAGGACCGGGAACACGGAAACCAGACGCCAUCCUCCACCCUGAGCAGCUUCUCCUCCAGCUCCAACCACGCCAACAGCAUCAAGCACAGUACCACCUCCGCCCCCUCCCACUCUACCCAGAGCGACGCCAAAACCGGCACAAGUGUAGGCUACCAAAUCUUCCUCUCCACGACUCCAGAUAAUCUCAAAUUAGCCAGCCAAUCAGCCACUUUGCCAGUUUCUCCCUCCACUUCACUGCCAGACACCAGAUCCUGCACGAACCCCUCCCCUUUAAAUUUCUCCACAACCAGCUCAGUUCAGCCAGACGGCCGACUGAGCGCAGACUCCCGCUGCCUCUGGAGCGAGACCAAAGUUCAGCAGCUCAUCUCAUUUUACUCUGAGCACAGCUGUUUGUGGAACCACAAGUCUGAGAGUUACAGGAACCGUCUGCUGAGACAGAGCCUGCUGGAGACACUGAGCAGCAUCCUGUCAGACAGCGAGCCGGUCCCGUUCACAGUGGAAGACAUAAAGACGAAGUUCAGGAACCUGCGGACCAUCUUCCAACGUGAACACAAGGCAGUGAGAUCCAACAAGACAUGCGGCUCGGAGGACUUCUACCUCCCGAAGUGGAAGCACUACUGCGAUCUCAUGUUCCUCUGCGACUCCUGCGAUGAAGACGAGCAGCCCGAGGACGUCCACUUCUGCCAGCUGCAGGACUCCGGCCUCCUCCGCCUGGACAGCCAAGCCUCUCCCCCCGCCUUACACUACCACGCCACUAACCAAACCCCCUCCAAGCUGAACAUCAACACUCGUGGUCUCAAAGCCCCGCCCUCACCUACACCCCCAGACUCCCAGCACUCCUCCCCAUCCCCGUCCCCCUCCCCUUCCACGUCUUCCUCCCACACAGACAGCAGAGUGUCGGGACGCAAGCGGGCGGGCCACCGGGCGAGCGCCAGCGAGAUGCUGAGCUUCAUGAGGACGCUCUGUCAGACCCAAACUGCGUCGCCGCACACGGGGUUCCUGAGGUACGUGGAGGAGUGUCUGAACGAGACGCCGCCAGACAAAGUGAGGAAGCUGAAGAAGAAGAUAAUCGAGACGAUUCACAGCAUGUCGGAGGAUGUUUAGUUAUUUGCUUUGCAUUCGUUUCAUGUUUGUUCACAACCUGAGUCUAGUUCUCAUGAGCCUGUCUUCUAAAAGCUGCGACGCUUCAACCUUUUCCAGCUUACAGGCUCCCCCCCCCUCAGGCUCUGCCCCCUCCAGCGCAGUGAUCAUAUCUUCCAACAGCCUGAUCUCAAGGAGCCAUUUCACUUCCUGUUCAGAAAUGAGCCAGACGGCUAAAAUAAUCAUUACACCUGCUUUUGUUUUAGCUUUCACAGCUGUAGCAUCAAUAAUGUGUACAAACUGAAAUAAGAGAGCACGGAUGUCCUUCAGCUUUUAUCACAGUGAGGCCAGUUUGGCUGUUCAAACAUUAGCCUUUGGAGGUGCCCCCACCCCUUUUAACAAAAAUAUUGUCCCCAAAAUUUUUGUCCUAUGAGGAACACCCUGUACGCCCCCCAUUCCUGGGAAAAGCGUAAUGUAACUAUAAAUGUAACUAUUUAAUUAAUAUGGUAAAAUGCACUGAAAGCACCUUUUAUAGCUGCUAAGAAACUCUGUGUGUGUCCUCUGCCUACCGUCCCCACAAUUAUUAUUAAUACAAUACAAAAGUACCUUUCUUAAAUCUUUAUUGCUGCUUCUCAGUCCCCCCC